CUCAUUCAGUAGUGAAACUGGUCUGUGUGAUGAGCCAACUGUGGUAGCUACCAGUCACUUUCAACCCAAGGGGACAUCAUUUUCAUUUCCCAAGAUGCCACUCGACAUCAGUGCGCGCUUAGCCUGCUGCAAGGAUAGGGAAAUACCCGAGUCUCUUCGACGCAGAAUUGUUGAUUGGCUCUGGUUUGAGCUAUCACAGUAUACAUUGUACCCAGGGCAUUUGUAUGAAACGGCUGCGAGGGAGCUUGUUCAGCGGUAUCCUCAACUAAGAGACGGUUUUGGUGAAGGACAUCUGACAUGGCAGACAACCUUGAAGUACAAGGCUAAAAACACGCGCAAGAAAUUGCCUGCAGGCAUAAAGAAAGUUGACGAGGAGAGAGAAAAGGCAAGAAAGCGCAGAUCUUUGGGCACAUGUGACGAGGACUGCAGUGCUAAAACUGCCAAGUCCCAGACAAGAAAGGCUUCCUUUUGGAAUUGUGCCUUUGAUGGCGAAGAUGAAAGAAGCAUUCAAAGCCACAUUGACAUCAUGAGGAAAGAAAUGCAUUUGGCUGGUGGAAAUGCGGACAAGAUCAAGGAGUCCAUGGACAAAACAUUUCGCAGGCGUAGGGCAUAUGUAGACCUGGAAAAACCAACACUGACUUGCUUCAAGUUUAUCCAGCAAUGA